GUUUUACUGGCUCAAGCUGUUUCGGCCUUUGCCGUCUACCUCGUACCUGCGCUGCUGGCUGUUUCGGCCAUGGGCAAGCGCCCGCCGCCUAAGUCUUCUCCGGGCUCCUCCGCGAAGGCUCCCAGACGCCAAUUGAAGGCAAAGACCCCCGAUGCGCAGGUUGAUGCCGCGCAGAAGAGCGCGGAUCAGAAGCUCCAGGAUGACAACAUGUGCGUUAAGGUCUUGGCCCAGGUCCACGACGCCUUGGAGACGAUCAACAAAGACGCCAUCUUCGCGGGCGUGAUGGACAUGGAGCCCCUCAGGAUCGGUGACGGCGGCAUGCAAGCGCCGUUCAGCCAGGAAGAGUUCAACAACGUCCUCAGCACCCCUCCAGAGACCAACUCCUUUGAUCACUUCUACCUCUGUGGCGGAAAUUUUCCAUGGCAAAGUUUUACUUGGUUGGUGAACCACAGAGUUCCAAUGAACCAUGGACAAAUUGCCGAACUCCAGCGCUUCAGUUACAAGCGCGACGACCCACCCGACAGGCUGGAGUUCAAUGUCGCGGCGUGCGUGGACUCAGCAAACACAGACGUCCUGAGCCACAAGGGCGCGAUGAUGCGACUUUCAUCGCCCGAGCCUGUCUUCGCUGUCUUGUUCUCCAUUGCCAAGGCGAUCCAGGAGGGCGUGGACGAAAAGAUCCGCAUGCGCUGGCAACGCCUCAUCGAGGCGGGGGUGGUGUCCCACAUGUCAUGCAGGCAGUGGGCGUACGACAUCACGGGGUUCAAGGCCGCCAAGGAAAGGGAGCUGCAGAAGUCCAUUAGCUCGCUGGUGCUUGCAAAAAUGUACAACGCGAAGAUCACGUUCGCCGGCGGCGCUAACAAGAUCACCAUCAGCGACAGCUUCAUUGGCAGCGCUGCGACGGUGUUCGAGCGUGUCUUGUCCCAGGAGACGGCCAGGCACUGGCAGGAGUGGGCAGAGGAAAAAAUGCUCGGCGAAUGCCCCUUCAAGACGAUCGCUGCGCUCCAAGCUCUCGUGGAUCGGGCUCGGAGCCCAGUGUAUAUCUCGUGGGCGGUCUGGGGCAUCGCAGAUCUGUGGAGGAUGGAGCUCAUCACACUCGGGGAUUUGUCAGGCAAGAAGAUGAAGGACUACCGAACGUCCUACAUGAAGCAGUAUUGCCUUUACACGUGGCUUCCCACCCUGGGCCUGAAGGUCGAGCAGGUCCAUAAAUUGCAGGAGGUGUUUGAGGACUUCGGGAGCGUGCGGGCCAAGAUGUCUGCCUACCCUGGAGAAGUUGCGGACGCCACGUGGCUUGUGGUUUGGCGGUCCGAGGGCCUGAACAAAAUUGCCGACAUCCUGGAGGACUUCAUCUACACCGUGAACUGGGACAUGCGCUACAAAGAUGCAGUUCGGUCGAAACAUAAGAUUAACGAGUUCCUUGAGUACGACUCUGUCCAAGAGAAGCUCAACGAGAUCAAAGUGGAGCUGGCAAAGGAGAUGAGCGUCGCCAUCGACUGCGCCCAGGGCAGCGCCGGGGGGGGCACGGCUGCUUCGGCCACCGCCACAGAGACCGCAACACCAGAGGCGGCUCCUUCAGGCUUCGAGAGCUUGCCCGAGUCCGAGCAAGAGCAGUGGGUCAAGUACGCGAACAAGCUGUUAAGCACGCACGUCGAACUGAUCCCUGAACCUAAGACGGGCGCCGAGCUGGAGAACGCCCUCAAGGACUCCAAGCUGAACGAGAUUCGGGGCGACCCGGUGGGCCUCGUCCUGUACUGCUUCGACGUCAAGGGGCACGGUGAAAGCGAGCAUAGGCCCGAGCUUCGCAUUCCGUCGCUUCGGGAGCCUAUCUACACGAAGAUCGUCCGCGCCGUGCUCAAGGCCCGUGCGCCGCCAGGCGGACUGGGGCACAUUCGAAACGGCGAGGUUGCGAUCAUCAUGGAUGGCGGUCGGAAAGGUAACAGCAACAAGCUCAUAGCACCAUGGAAGGAGAAUACGUCCAAGGAGCAGCAGAAGAAGAAGAAGGAGGACGACGACGAGGACGAAGACGAAGAAGAGGAUGACCAGGAUGACGAGAAGGGGAGCGUCACCAGUUCCAUCUUGCAGCUCGUGUACACAGAGGAGAGCCUCAAGGAACGGCGCCUUCGCAACAAGAGCUCGACAGGCUCCGUCCGCCAAACGGAGUGGGCGCACAUGGUUUCGUCAAGCAAGAUCUGCCUCCCUGGGCGUGCUCGCAAACACUUCCCAGGGGCGACGGCGGGCGACACCAUCGUCGGGAUCACCAAGCCUGACUACAGCAGGGAGUGGCAGAUCUCAUGGAAAGUCAAGAAGGAGCUGCUGGGCAAGCGCAACAUCUUUCGCGUGGGUGGCAAGGCCAAGGGGGCAGCGGAGCGUCGCACGGACGCGACCAUGGGCCCCUGCACGUUCCAUGGAAUGCCGAAUACUUGGUACUCAGAACUGAUCCAUACAUUAUUUGCCAAAUUCGUCAUCGAUAUGACCCCAAUGGAUGGGAAGUUUGCCUACCAGUGCCUGAUCAACAGGUUGGGCUACGUGGGCAUUGCCUUCAACGAGUUCCAUGCCGAUGAGCUUUUGAAGAAGCUGAGGGCCGAGCUCAUGGACGACAUGAAGAACCCCGAGAGCAAGAUGCACGUCCCCGCCUACGCGAAGGCCAUGGGGUGUGAGGCCGCGGCCAAGCCACCACCGCCGACGGAUACGAAGGCCAAGAAGCGAGCCAAGGGAAAGCCGAAAGCGAAGCCGGCUGUGAAGCCGCUGGAGGAGGAGGAGCCGGGGGAGCCGGACGGGGAAGAUGUGCCGUCGGAAGAACUUCCAAAUGAUGACGAGGACGGUGAAGUGCGGGACCCAGACGCGUGA